GACGUGUGACGUCAUCAAGAGCGACGAAAGCUGAAGUAAGCGAGCGCCUCGUGUCUCCCACUUUACCAAAAUAAACUCGAGACAGGGAAAGCCGUUGUAGAUUGUUUUUUUCCCCGAGAAGGCCGACACUGAUAAGUCUCAUAUCACCCAGAGGCAGAACCAAGUAAGAAGCAGUUGCCAUUUACUGUUAACGCUAAGAUGGAUGUGAAACAGGAGACUUGUGAAGUUGACAUAAAUACCAUGGAGAUAACGGCGGUAACAGUUAAAGAGGAGGAGGACGACGACGACGACUGUGAAUGGGAGUCUGUCCACCCAAAACCAGAGAAUCUCUGCAUUAAGGAUGAAGACUAUAAAGUGGGUUCAGUGCACAUUAAAGAAGAGGCCGAGGAGAAGUGUGUAAGCAUUGAGACCCAAAGGCAUAAAGGUGCAGAGCGUGACGACUUCAAGGUGAGGGCUGAGUCAGUGCAGUCUGACACCAAGAGGACUGAGGAAACGCCAUCUACUAGAACUCUGCAAGAUCAACCGUCGCCUUCAAAUUGGUCUGAAAUAAGAGAGAAGCCCUACUGCUGUUCUGAAUGUGGCAAACAAUUCUCACAAAACGCCAGUCUUCAGACCCACAGAAGAAUUCAUACAGGAGAGAAGCCGUAUUGCUGUUCUCAGUGUGACAAACGAUUCUUCAGCAGCAGUGCUCUUCGGAAACACACUAAACUUCACACAGGAGACAACCUGUAUUCCUGCUCUGAAUGUGGCAAAAAGUUCUCAACAAGGAGUAGUCUUCAGAACCAUGAAACAAUCCAUACUGAAGAGAAGCUGUUUUCGUGCUCUGAAUGUGGGAAACAAUUUUCUCAAAGAAACAAUCUCCAGAGCCAUUUAAGACUUCAUACAGGAGAGAAGUCCUAUUGCUGUUCAGAAUGUGGCAUGCAGUUUUCUGUAAAGAGUACUCUCGAGAGCCACAAAAGGAUUCAUACGGGAGAGAAGCCGUAUUGCUGUUCGGAAUGUGGCAAACAAUUCUCGCAAAAGAACAACCUACGGAGACACACAAGAAUUCAUACGGGAGAAAAGCCAUACUGCUGUUCUGAAUGUGGCAAACAGUUUUCACUUAAGUUCAAUCUUCAGUGCCACCAAAAAAUCCAUACAGAAGAUAAGGCAAAACUCAAGAGUAAGGUUUCACACCUGUCCUGAAAGUAAGGAAACUAAACCAUUGUUGAGAAAGUGAAGCUGACAGAAGCCAUAUUGUUGUUCUGAAAAAAAUAUGGCACCAAAAUUCCUACUAGAGAGGAGCCACUUUCUUGUUCUGAAUGUGGAAAACAGUUUUGAAGAACUGAUUAUGUUGAGAUCCAUGCAAGAAUUCAUACUGGAGAGAAGCCAUAUCGCUGUUCUGAGUGUAACAAACUAAUCUCCAGUAGCAGCAUUUUUAACAGGCACAUGAGAACUAACACUUGAUAGUAAGAACAGCAAGUGGUAUUCCUGCUGCGAUCACAUUAAAGACCAGGUGGAACAGCCAGAGACUGGGCAGAAGGAUAAGAGGAAGUGAAAUUCUGUAAUCGCCAGUAGAACUAAACCCUUCCAGCUCCUCAACCGCAUGUUCAUAGGAUGGGUUUUCUGCUGCAAAUGCCUUAUGUGUUAUGGCUGCUCUCUGCCACACUAAGCAUAUUAGAUUGCUAGGCAGUCAGUGGACUUUUAAAGCCCCACUGGAACUUUUUACUAUUCAGUCAGAAAAUCUAGUGAGCGCAUCACUAUUAGAGUAAAAAUAUGCCAACGCCUGUCAGGGAAAUGAGCCACCUUGGCCCACCAGCAAAAGCUCACAGCCGAAGAACUAGUUCAGGUCAGAAGUGUACUAGUGACGCUCAAGAUCUAACAAAGUUAACACCCAAGCUUCUGAAGGCUCAUUCAGAUAACACUGAGAUUGAGAUAGUUAUUGUAUUUUGCAGUUUGCUUUGUGGUUCAAUAAUUAACACUUUUUAAUAUUGA